UGGUUUACCCGCCACAUCCAGCUAUCACAAGGGCUGCCGUGAUACUGAUUUCCCCCCUCUCCCCCUCCCCCCUGUAGAUCUAAGAGGGAGGGAUUCGCCAGGUGCACAGAGAGGAGUAAAACCCAUUCACCCACAGGUGGCUAAAAAGCCCAAAGAUUCUUGUUAUUCUUGCUUUCUUCACACUGGCUGCGAUUGUCAUGUUGGAUAAAAACGAAUUCAUAUUAAAGUUCAAGGAUCAAUAUAUCAACAAUAUCGAUCGUGAUGCCUCGGAGGAAUAUGCAGAUGGAGGUUUGGAUUCUCAAGAUAACAAAACUCAGACACAAGCACCAGAGAUCAGCAUAGAAUGGUGGCAAAAAGAGUUAUGUAAGCCAGAGGUUCUGCAACUUCAACCUAGCACGACAUAUUUGAGAUUACCAAUGCUUGGCAGAGAUAUCACACCCAGCCCGAACGACUACAAUAUAUUCUUGGGAGAAACAGCAUGCAAUCACCAACCACUGUAUAGAGCAUACUGUUCUGUCGAAAGCUAUGCACACGAGAAUCCAACAGCGAAGGUCUGGUUCCACACAACGUCCCCGCUGAUCGACAACGGAGAUGGUCUCAUCACGAAACUCGAGGAGGCCUACGAUAACUUGAAAGUUGUAGGCAGUGACCUCACCAAGAUUUUCAGUGGAACUCCAUGCGAGAAAGUGUUCAUGGCAGGGGAAUGGGCACACAAUACGCCUUGGCCUGCGAACAACGUAUCCAACUUGUUGAGAAACGUGGUGCUGUGGCUGUGGGGAGGCUUAAACAGCGACACCGACUGCAUCUGCGUGAGGAACCUUACCCACGUACGGAACAUGGCUUCUUAUGACGAACAGGACAAAGUGGUCAAUAACGCCAUCAUGCACUUCGACGCAGGACACCCCUUCACCUAUGAACUUAUGGAAUAUCUGAAGAAGAAUUUUAAGGUAGCCACAUGGGUGGUCAAUGGCCCCGGGGCAGCAACAGCCAUAGCCAAGAAAAUGUGUGGAACAGAGGAUCUGAACGAAGUCUAUCUCAAUCACUGUUCAAACGUGACGCUGAGACCUCUGAGGGAAAUGCAGCUCUUCCGGUGGCCUUACUGGAACAACUAUUUCAAGGACAAUCAAGGGGAACACUUCGCGGAGGAGCACCAAGAUGCCUACAUCGUACAUUUGUAUAACAAGCUUAGUAAAAAAACGGCAGUCCCAAUAGGAAACAAAGGCAUCUAUGACGAGAUUGCCAGAGCUCACUGCCCUGUCACCUAUGAAGCUGCUAAACGGAGAACCAACUUUUUCUAAGCCGCUCUGGUGUUUGUUUUUCAGUGUCAUGUUGGUAGAUUUAUAUAUAUCUGAUUUCUUUGACAUUUAGAUAAACUUCAUUGAUGAAGAAUCUCUCUUUUUUUUUAAGGUGCUUGUUAACUUCUAAAGAGAGGCCUGAGCCUGAGCCACUGUAAAAGGACUAAAGCCAACAUAUAUAUGAUAUUCAGACAUAAGUACGCCGAUAAACACAUAGCACAGUUGCAUAUAUGUAAAAAUGAAUAAUCAGGUGGUUCCUUUUACAUAACUGAACCUAUUACUAUUUUCCUUAUAGUUCACAUUGAUAUAGUCCAUAGUGUAUAUUUCUCAUAGUAUUGCAUUUAUGACAGUGAUAAUUUUUGUUGUAUAAAACAUAAUAAAAGUACUAAAGCAUAGGAAAAUGAAUUAUGUUAUGGUAAGAUCGUAAGGCGUUACAAUGGACUAUAGGCACUACAAAAGUCUACAGAAUCUAUUCAUUUGGCAUUUUCCUCAAUAAGGCAGUUACUAUGUUAAUACUGAUUUAUGUUGGGCCUUCUGCAUGGCGACUAAUUGUUGAUUUUUCAUCUGUGUGUCACUGUACAACAUAGAUUAGCGUUAGAUAAGAAAAAGGCCACACACGCACAUCCAGACAUAUAUAACUAUGUGUGUUUGUGUGUGUGUUUGUGUCUAUGUAUAGAUAGAUAGCUAAACAUACAUACAUGCAUAUAUAAACACACACACACACACACACACACACA